GCACUGACACACCGAGCAUCUACAAGAGGAGACGACCCGAGCUGCAAAGCUGCACAAAGUCCAAACUGUGAUUUGUGGACAAAGAACAAACAUCUGGAAAACACCUUGGGGCGGUGGCGGCGCACAUCAGCACAGAGUUCGAUGAUGAUUAAGCCAUAUACAAGACAAGUGGAGGGAGAGGAGGUGGUUAGCACUCUGCAGUGGAUGGAUGGAGACUUGAGCUCACCUGACGGAGAUACAGUGUCAUUGCAUCGCCACAGAGCCAGUGGACUGGGUCAGCAGGCCAUGGAGAUGGGAAGUGAGGAGGCAGAGGAAGAAGAGGAAGAUGGAGAGGAAGAACAGGAGGAUGACAGUGAGUCCAAGCGACGAGGACCCAAGAAAAAGCGAAUGACCAAGGCUCGGCAGGAACGUUUCCGUGCAAGACGUAUAAAGGCUAACGCCAGGGAGCGCUCACGUAUGCACGGAUUAAAUGAUGCACUAGAGAAUCUGCGCACCAUCAUGCCAUGUCACUCCAAAACACAAAAACUAUCCAAAAUCGAGACUCUACGACUGGCUCGCAACUACAUUUGUGCUCUGUCUGAGGCUCUGGAAGGAGGGCUUUCCACAGAGAGCAGGGGUUUCAUGGAGACACUCUGUAAGGGCCUCUCACAGCCCACAUCUAACCUGGUUGCUGGCUGCUUACAACUGGGACCAGCUGCUGGGGUUAUGAUGAGACCUGAAGACAGACAUGGAGUUCGCCAACCUCCUACUCCCCUCAGUGGCAUGGUGAGCUACACCUCUCCAGGCCUGCCAAGUCCCCCCUAUGGUACUUUCGACUCAGCUCAUGUGCUUCAAGUGAAGGCCAUGAAAGCAAGACAGUAUGAGAAUCACUCGCCGCAUGAGUAUAAUGACGGUGGUGUAGGAACCCCUCCCUAUGACGGCCCCCCUACACCACCCUUAAGCAUAAGCUGUAACCUUGUGCCCAAGCAGGAGCCGUCACCCCACUACCCACCUCCACAUCACUACUCCCCCUCCCCUGUGGAUCAAGUCCUCUAUCAGACUCAGACUGGCUAUGAAGUACAUUUAGAAGGGCCAUAUGACUCCUACCAUCCACCACAUAUGCUGCCGCGACAGAUAACCGCUGUCUACAGAGACUAAGAAAGAUCAGGGGAGUCGAUUCUGGCCUAGCCAUCACUUAAAUCUGAUUCAUCAAGAUUAGUCUACGAUUCUUCAUGAAGCCAAUUGCUGAUUUCUUGUGAACUUAAGACACACAAACCUCUCUCAGAAGACAGACUGCAAGAAGAAAAACUGUACAUUGUUUUGUUUUUUUUUUCUUUUACUUGUGUGGUGCAUUUCCACAGUAGACUAGCACUGCUCAUCAUGUUUAGAGUAUGUAUUUGAAAUGACUUCACUUAAACUAAUACAAUGUCACAAAACUGAUAACCAAAUGAUCCGGGGACCAAACAAGUCCUACUGUGAAAUGUUGCUUUAGCCAUUUUGACCAGGUGCUCUGGUACCAUAAAAUAAGCACUUCUAAUUUAGUUUUCAUAACAUGAGAUAGACAUGAAGUAUUUUUUAUUUAUUCAUUUAUUUAAUACCGCGUAUGUGGAGUUUGUUCUGACAUGUCUGGUUUUUCAUUUGCAUAUAUUUCUUGUGAAGGGUUCUCUUUGUUUGCUUAGUUAAUCUCCUUAUCCUUCUUUUGUGUGCAGUGCCCUUUGUUGCAUUAUAUUUGAUGUUUUGCUCUCAAAACACAGUCAGACGUAGAUUUGUGAGCAUGAUGUACUUGAUAUUUUGUGGGCAUUGAAGGAAGAAAAGAACAUGUUUUGAUUCAUGGAGAAAGAAAUUAAAACCAAAAAGAAUAUGAAUCGGGGAAAUUUGAAAUGGAGUAAAGAUAAAAAGGCACAUACAUAAAUCUCAGGUUACAGUAAUAUAGUGAACGUUUUGGGCUCGAUAUGAUGGUCUUUUUGUUGUAGUAUUUUUUUUUUUCAUUUAUGUUUCUGUUUGGAAAAGGAUCUUAUUAAAAUAUUCAAAAAGUUA